UGUGGCGGCGGCCGGCCGCUGCUGCGAGCGGCAGAGAUGAGGGCGCCCAGAUCUGGGCUGCGCGUUUCUGCCCCAACCCACCCGUCCCUCUCCAUCCACCCCUCCCGGCCGCCGCCGGUGGUAGCCGCUGGGCGGGUGAGCACGCGCGCGGCGGUCCUUGACAGCUGCUGCUUUGCUGUGCCCCAGCGGUUCCUGGCGGCGGUAGCUGCGGGUCGGCGCGGCAGUGGAGCGGUGCAGGUGGCUGCUGUCGCCUGCUCGUCGCGCUCCCGUCGGUGGCCGGCCUGCUGGCGCUGCGCCGGUCGGUGCUUCCUGCGACUACAACGUUCCUAGGCAUCCCUCCAUGUGUGCUGGUCUUCUCCGACAUUCUUCUCCAAGUCCGGUAUGCCAUUGCAUCUGAGGUCCUUGUUCAUGGGUCGGGGCGAAAUCCUCGUGCGGCAAUGGCCUGCGCUGUCAACGGCGACGCCCGAGGGUGCCGUCACCUCCUUGGAGGCGUUGGCAUGA